UGUGAAUCGCAUCGAUUGGUGAUGCUGUCCAUGUACUUCUCAUCCAUCUUGUAUCAUGUUUGCAAAUACAAUAAGAUGAGGGCAUCGUGGCACUCAGUCUACUCUGAACAGCCCCAUUUACACACUAUUCCAACCCACUACAGACAUGAUGCCCCCAUCUUCGGUUGCCAGGAGCAGUGCAGUUAAAGACAACAUCACCAUCAAAUAUCUGAGGCAUUUGCUCAACACAAGGCACUCGUUGGACAAGUAUCGCCAGGAUUUUCUGCCGCACGUCCACCGCGAAAUCAUGAACCAGUUUGUGGAGGAGAAGACAAGAGGACGGCUGUCAAAAGAAAUGACAGAGUCCAUCAGCAGAGGCAUGGACGAGAUCAGCAACUCCAUCAGCAACGUUGACGCAUCAGCUCAGCGCAUCACCGACGAGCUGGCGAGAAUCAUUGACCUGUUCGCCUCAGCCAUCUCGAUUCCGACGGUGAACUCAAAGGCAAUGGCUGAUAUCCGUGAGGACUGCGAUUUCCUCAUGAUCAAGAAACAGUCCUUUGACCUGGUGAAAUUUGCCAUGGAUCCGUCGGGGUAUAUUGAGCGCUUCUUGCCGAUGAGUCUGGAUGAGAUGCUCUCAGAGCACGAUCGCUGGCGCACAUUUUUAUACCAUUGCGUUCCGCCCCUGAUCAAGUACUUCAUUCUAAUCGAGCUUGCGACGGUUAUUAGCUGGAACAGGGCCAAGGGAAAGUUUGACGCAGCUUUCCGCUGCCCGGUCGCUGCGAUUAAGCUAUAUGAGGAGAGGGUGAGUGCCACCUGUGCUGAGGACUACAGUGAGCUUAUGAAUUUGUGCGUUACAUUUUCGAGCGAAGGGAGCAAAAAGCGCAAGUGCCAUCUUCGAUACCUCGCUGUAGCCUGCAACAGAAGGCACCAGUCUAUGAUUGUUGACGGUCUGUGGGAGAAGCAGGUCAAGGACAUGUCCACAUUCAACUUUCUGGAGCUCAGCUCGACACUGUCGGCUGCAUCAGAUAUGCUUGACUGAAUCCCGCCAUCGUAGCCCAUUUUCUCCUUUUUCGGAUCAGUCG